AUAAAACAGAGAAAUCGUCAACUAGUCGCACAGUUUCCCUCCUAUGUCGACAAUUCUCGAUUCACUCGCCAUCUCUUCAAUUUUUUCCUCUAAUCUCCGCCCAUCCCUCCGCCCCUCACCGCCGUUCUCCGCCGCAUGGGACCGCCGUGCCCCUCUGAAAUUCACCGGCUUUUCUAUAUCAUAUACCUCUGUUAAUAAUCAAGUUUCACUUGCAUCUUCUUCAAGGAUUUCUCGCCGCACAAAUAGCGUAUCCGGCGAAGCUUCCGAUGUUGCCUUCGAUGUCCCUACCGUGACAGAGGAAACAUGGGAUUCACUCGUUCUCAACGCUACUGAACCCGUGGUGGUUGAGUUUUGGGCUCCCUGGUGUGGACCAUGUCGCAUGUUCCAUCCAGUAAUCAGUGAUCUUGCAAAGCAAUACACAGGAAGGGUAAAGUGCUUCAAAUUGAAUACCGAUGACAGCCCUUCUGUAGCAUCUAGAUAUGGAAUCCGAAGCAUCCCAACAAUAAUGAUCUUCGUUAACGGAGAGAAGAAAGAUGCUAUCAUUGGUGCUGUACCCAAAACAAGUCUAACUGCCAGCAUAGACAAAUUCUUGUAGAAGCUGCUGAAUGGUAAAGCCAAAAGCUGCAUUUGCUUUGUUUUGUCUGCUUUUUUCUUUCUUUUGAAUGGUAAAACCAAAGCUACACUUGGUUUUGAGCUUU